AUGACAUCCCAAGCAGCAUUGCCAUUCACCUUGACGCCGCCAACACCAGAAUGCAAUGUCGAAGUCCGCCCAUCCCCAACUGCGGGUAAUGGACUUUUCGCGACCAAGGACAUACCAGCUGGCUCUACGGUCCUACUCAAAGCGCGUCCCUUGAUCGGUGAACUAGAUUUGCCGCGUCUGCAGGAUAGUUGCCAAAACUGUUUCAUGUGGGCAUAUAAGGCCGCCAAAGGAUGUGCUGUACACGCCACGCAGGGCAAUAAGGAGCCUGGAUGUCAUGGUUGUGAAAAUGAGGGAGGCAAUCCUGGUGUCAAGGCUUGCACCGGCUGUAAGAAGGUGAAAUAUUGCAGUAAAACUUGCCAGAAGCAGGCUUGGACAAGAUAUCACAAACACGAAUGCAAGCUCUUGAAGGACCCGAAUCUUCCACCCCUUCCCAGCUCUGUACGAGCGGCACUGCAGUUGGCAUGCCUCAUGAAGAGCGACGCUGUAUCCGAGGAAGAAAAGGUAGGUAUACGCCGACUCCAAGCUCAUAGUGCAUCGACAAUCAAGCAACUCCAAGCACUUGAGCAAUACAAAGUGACAGUGGCCUCGGCAAGAGAUCUUUUUGCACGCAUCAGCCCUGACAACUCGAGUGCUUCUGAGAUACAGGAAUUUGUUGGAAAGAUCCUCCGCAACUCGUUGACACUCACUACACCUACGUUGGAUCCUUUGGGUAUUGCUCUAGAUCCGAUAGCAUGCUCAGCGAACCAUUCCUGCGAGCCAAACGCAAGUGUCCUCUUCGAUGUCCCCAGACUUAUGAUGCGCUCUUUAGCACCUAUCAAGAAAGGCGAGGAGGUUUUCAUCUCCUACAUCGAUCACACCGAGUCCUUCUAUCGCCGACGAGCUCAAUUGCAAUUGCGAUACUGCUUCAAGUGCGAAUGCUCGAAAUGCCGACUUGGCUCUGAUCAAAGAGAAGACCAAUGGGCACAGCCGCCAGAAAAUCUCGCCGACAAAUGGUCCACUCUUGCUAAGCCCAUGGACCGUGUUGAAAAGUUCUCCAAAGACCCUGCGAAUUAUGUUGGUGAAGGCCAAGCUGAAUGGAACUUGUCCGUCAUACAAGGCAAGGCCUAUCAAGACUACGAAAAAGCACGAAGCUACACGAACAGCGCGCUUGCCAUUCCAGCUCUUGAGACUGUCAUGCGCACCUGUCAUCAAACCGGGAUGUGGCCAAUCACUAGACAACCAUAUGCAAACUCACGCGUGGACAUCUCCUCGCAUAUGCUAGACGAAGGUCGAGUUGGCCUUGCGCUUUUUCAGAUGGCCAAAACAUACUUUCUCAUCGACCCUGUCCUGUACCCACAAGACUUCCAUCCUGUCAGAGUGGUCCACACCUGGGGUCUAGCAAAGACUCUAGUAAUGGCUUAUUCCUCGCCCAACGAUCCUACUCAAGCUGUAGAUCCAGGUGUAGAAGAGCUCUUCGAAAGAGGCUUCGACUUCGUGGUCCCCAUCUGGAGAAUUCUGAAGAAGUUGAGCCAGGAUGUGCUUAAAAGUCACGGAUCAGGAAGUAACAUGACGUUCAUGGUGCACGCAAUUACUCAACAGGUCAGAGAUGGGAUUGGCAUGGACAAUCUACAUCAAAUUGAACAGGAUCCACUGAAAAUGUGGAAGGAGUUUGAAAAGUGGGCUUAUUUCUUGCAGUAUUAG